AUGGCUUCCAACCAAUCCAAGAGGCCUAUAAUCAUAUCAGAAUCUAUUGCAGAAGCAGCCUCCUGGUACUGUGCCUUUUUUCUGGUCGCCCUUAUAUUGCUUUGCUCUUUUAGGGACACCACCCAUAUACAAGAGGACAUGAUCACGGGCACCCAGCUCUCGGAACAGCCAUGUGACGAAAUUUACGUGGUCGGAGAAGGUGAAACACUCCACACGAUCAGUGAUAAGUGCGGCGACCCCUUUAUAGUUGAGCAGAACCCCCAUAUUCACGACCCAGAUGAUGUUUUCCCUGGGCUUGUUAUUAGAAUUACUCCUCCUUCAGAACCUAGGAAGUAA